GCAACCGGAACGAAGUCAUUCAGUUUUUUGGCUGUGGACUGUUUAGGCACAAACACACACACACACACACACACCCUACUCCAAAACCCUUCACGCCUUCAGGUUCCCGGCCGGGAGUGUGACGUCGAUAUCGCCGGCGCGCGACAUUUUAAAGUGCCGCGCGUCCAGGGGAUUUGCACCAGUCCUUUUUGUGAUCGGCGCGCGACAGAGCGGAAACGAAAAGACAUGGACAACGUCGAGUGCAAGCUUGCCGAGCAAGUGCGCCUCCGCAGGCAUCUCUAUGAUCCUGCCCUGAAGGAACACAGAGAUGUCCAGAGGUGCCAGGAUUCAUGGCGAGAAAUCGCCAUGACAUUGGGAAAGGAUGAAGCCCGGUGCAGAAAGGUGUGGAAGAACCUCCGGGACCGCUUUGGGAAAGCGAAGAAGAGGUCACAGGCACUGGCAAGCAGUGGUGGUGCUGCCGGACGCAGGCCUGCGCCAAUCCUGCAGGAACUGGGAUGGCUGAACAAUUUUGUGAGACCCAGGGCGACAGAGGCAAAUGAUGCACAGAAGUGCACCAAAGCAGCCGAGGCUUCACAGAGGUGCGGCCCAGCACCUCCGCAACAGUGCGGUCCAUCAGAUACAGAAGCCCGCGACACAGAUGCCGAAUCAGUGCGGUCCUCGUCACCGUGCCGGUCGACCUCGACACCUCUCUCCAUUCCACUUUCCCCCAUCACCACCGUUCCGACUUCUGCGGCAUUCGCAUCACCCAUCUCUCCGUGUAGCCCAAGAAGGAAGAAGAGAUGGAUGGCACGCGACGAGUCUGUGGUGACACCACAGCUGCUCCAGAUCGCGAGGCGGAAGUUGGGUCAAUUCAGGGAGUAUCAGGACAAGUCUUUGGGGCCGCAUGUGUCAUCGUCGUCGCCUACGGGGUGCUUUUUAAAUGUACUUGGGCACAUGAUGGAGCAGGUCGAUCCGCUGGUGCUUAAUCAGCUGAAGCACACACUGUAUCAGACAGUGUUUGAGCACACCCAGCAGCACCCUCGAUGAAUGUUGUGCUCAUUUUAUUGCACCUUAUUGCUUCUUUAGCCCACUUCAUCGUACUUGUUUACUUUGUUUACAUUCAAUACUAUUGUUUUAGGUUUUAUAGCCAAAUGUAUUGCUAUCUUAUAUUAUUUGAAUA